AUGUCUUAUCAUCGUUGCAAAAAUAUUAAAUCCAAGUACACAAAAUCUCUCACAUUGUUCGAAUUGGAUGUCUAAUUACCAUAAUUACAAUUGCCAUUAAAACGGAUGUAAUUUCAAGGAUAUUACAUUAUCUGGCAAUGUUUUGCGCCAUAUAAAAGUGUGUUUAACGUUUUCAAACUCGGUAGGAGUCGUCCAAGUGUCGGUGAAAACUUUUUCGAAAUAAAAUCUCAAAAAUGAGCCGUUGUGAUUUCAAAAUAGUGUUGUUAGGGAGCGAACAUGUUGGAAAAACAAGUUUGGUGAUCAGAUUUGUAAAUUGUAGCUUUAAUGCAGGGACUCCGUAUCAAAAUACUAUUGGUGCAGCAUUUUGCGCAAAAACCAUGCGCUCCGAUGGUAGAGACUUUAAUGUUGGCAUCUGGGACACCGCCGGCAGUGAAAGGUAUGAAGCAAUGACGCGUAUGUACUACAGAGGAGCGCACGCCGCCGUCAUCUGCUACGAGCCAUCCUCUCUUCUCUCCUGGAGCAGGCUGAGACACUGGCUCACUGAGCUAAGGACAGUUGAAGAGGAUUGCAAAGUGUACCUUUGCGGCACCAAAAAAGACCUCUUGGACUCCGGCCUCGCUCAGCGCGAGGUCCCAGAGGAGACCGUAGCCACGUACAGCCAAGGACUAAGGGGACAUUUCUUGACCUCUAGCAAAACUGGAGAAAACGUGGAGGAACUCUUCCAAAAGAUAGUGGACGACUGCGCGGCCGACAAGCGGGUGAUGAAAAACGUCGAGGAGCUGCGAGUGCAACUACUGAAAGACGAAGCAGCCUACCGCGCCAAAGACAAGCAAUAUUGCUUAUGUUGAAACUGAUAUUAACCUCCUAAAUCCCGAUGUCCUUUUAAAAGGACAAAUUCAAAUCGAUUUUGAACUAAUUAUAGUCUUCCAUUAGGAAGAAAAUAAGUUCUUAAUUCAGAAUAAAAAAAUGAACUGGGACUUUGGAGGCUAAAACUGCAAAACCACGAGCAUCGAACAAUAACUGUCCACCGAAAGAAACAUUUUUCGCGAUUUCACCGUUCUUAGCGCCACUUGCACCAUCCGAUAAACCCGGGGUUAGCCGGUUAAACCGUUAACUCAUUGUCAAAGUGUACCGGUAACCAUGGCAACUCCAGGUUUAACCGGUUAACCCCAGGUUAGUGAAUGGUUCUUGUGGGUAGUUAUUUGAACAAACUGUUUAUGAAAGGAAACCAGAACAAAUGUGACAUUGGGGUAAAAUUAUGUAAAUUGAAAUGCUUUAACGUUAUCAAACAUCCUAGAUAUAUCUAAGGUCAAUGUGGAGAAGACCGACUAUCCGGUAAGACCGUCUACAAGCUCUUAUGUCGCUUCUAACUCAACUCUUGCGUUUGUACACAUGCAGGAAGGACAAACUCUUCCUUUCUGACUGUGAGUGAAGUACGUAUUUAAUACAAGAGAUCUUGCCAUGACGGUCUUCCUAACCAAACAUUUUAUAUGCCGGUCUUUUUUAGGUUUCACAAAGGAUACAUUUUACAAUAUGUACAAUACUUAAGAAACUAAAACCCGUUCUGAGCCAUGCCGGGUCCAAAGGUCCCCAUCACACUAGCAGCGUUACAGCCUGGCAAAAAAGAGUAGAAAUUAAAAAGUGGCAGCACUAUAGUGUCGUCCCUUUCAAAUCAAUACAUAUAAGAGAACGGGACGACACUACAGUGUUACCACUUUUUAACUUGUACCACAGAAUAAAUAAUAGUACUAAGUACAGAAGACUCACUCUCUAACAAAACGCGUCUGUUACGAUCAGCACAGAUAUGGCCGCUAGGCGACAGUGCCACGCGCGGCUUAUGGCUAACCCCAAAAUUGGGGCCGAACGGAUGUACUUUUAGCUACCUGUAGCAAAGCAACGAAAUCGCGGAGUGAGCCACGCCUGCUUGUACUCUUUUUCGCCAGGCUGUACCUCGCUGUACGGCGAUGGAACCAUGCCGGUCUUGGAAUAGUUUAUGUCAUCAUCUUCCUCGUGUUAUCCCAGCAUAUUGCUCAUGGGAGCCUGGGGUCCGCUUGACAACGAAUCCUAAGAAUUGACAUAAGCACUACUUUUUACGAAAGCGAUUGCCACUGACCUCUAAAAUAUUUGAUGUGGAAUAGUUUAUGUACCGGCACGGAAUUUAAUUUCAGUACUAUUCCGUACCUUGUCACAGUGACAACAGUAGGAGGUCCCUAGCGACUUGCAUAUUGGUUCACUGUGACAACAGUAGGAGGUCCCCAGCGACUUGCAUAUUGGUUCACUGUGACAACAGUAGGAGGUCCCCAGCGACUUGCAUAUUGGUUCACUGUGACAACAGUAGGAGGUCCCCAGCGACUUGCAUAUUGGUUCACUGUGACAACAGUAGGAGGUCCCCAGCGACUUGCAUAUUGGUUCACUGUGACAACAGUAGGAGGUCCCCAGCGACUUGCAUAUUGGUUCACUGUGACAAGGUACGAAAUGGUACUGAUAUUAAAUUCUUUGACUGUAGGUACCUAUUAAAGGCUUGUGAAAGGAAAAGCCCCUCUUAAGUUUAAUCCACGUCACAAACAAUUUUGUGUGUUUUCAUUUGUGUAUAUGUUAUGGACCAAGUGAUAAAUCGGGCAUUUUUCAUAGUGCCCGGGCAUUAUGAAAAAUGACCAAUAUGAGAUGGCAAUUUGAUAAUUAAUUAAAUUUCCCGGGCAUUUUACAUAAUGCUUAUCACCUAUUGGGCAAUUUGAUAAUUACUAUUCAAAUUAUUAAAUUGCCUGGGCACUUUAAAUAAUGUCUAUCACCUAUUGGGCAAUUUGAUAAUUAGUUAAUUACGUUAAGUUUAGGUUAGGUUAGAACUGCAAGCCCGCAGACCCACACAGAAAAGAAACGGGUUACAGAACAGUAGGUUUAGGUUAGGUUAGAAUUGCAACCCCCCACAGGAAUACCACGACGCGACCGAAUUGAUCACAUUGCCCGGCUAGAAGCAGAGCAGUAUUCAUACUGCCCGGUCCAAGUGCCCGUAACAUAUCUUUAUUAUCAUAUUGCCCAACGAUCACUUAGCAAUAACUAUUCAUAAUGACCAGACAAUGUGAUAAAUAAUGAAGUUUAGAUAAUAAUUAAUCACUUGGCCCAAUAUAGCUUCUCAUUAUUCAUAAUGCCCACAUUAAUCACUUGGUCCAUAACAUAUACAGGGUGAUUCAGGAGACGUGAGCAGGACUAAUACUGCGCAUUUCGUAGAUUAUAAGCAACACUUUCGUAUCAGUAUUAGUGAGGUUAACGUUAAUUUUCUAGUCGUGUUGAAAAAAAAAGUUAUUAAUUUAUUUACGACAUGCGUGGUCACUCUAAAAUUAGAAUACUAAACUACCGAUAUUCUGUGUCAAAUUGAAUGUCACCACUGUCAUCGCGGUCUGGUUACUUUUGAAAACUCGUAUCUCACUCAAGUUUGACAGUUUAUUUUCUUCGUAAUCAAAAAUUCGAGGUUUUAUGCUUAUUAAUUAGGUCUUGUAGGGUGACCAUGAUUGUAGAGGAUUAAAUUUGCCUUCACCAAAAAGUUAAAAAUAGGAAAAAAUCUGGCUGUUUCACCUAAAUACGACGGUGAUCGAUCAAUUAUCAGUUACUGAGUGUGCAGGAUUAGUCCUGCUCACGUCUCAUGAAUCACCCUGUAUAUAUACGACUUUGAAUUGAUAGGGAUAUUUUAAUUUAAUGAAUUAGAAUACCAUUUAUAUUCCUUCCAAGUGUUGCUCGCUUUAUUUAAUGUAUUAAGAAGCUAUUUUUAUUAUAAAUGGACUUAUUUAAGUUUUAAAUGUUUGGACUAAGAACAUUGUAUCAUUUGUAAUAGAAGCUAGCUAAGGAAAACAAAGUAAUAUGUCACAAUCGUCUUUAUCGUAAAGCCCGAUGUCCUUUUUUUAGGACAAUAUAUAUUGAAAUCGCCCUCGGUGUUUCCGGACUGGCGCGACCUUCAAACCUUCAAGAAGCCUCCCAUCUUGAAGGCCGGCAACGCACUUGCAACCCCUCCGGUGUCGCGGGCGUCCAUGGCCGACGGGCAUUACUUGCUAUCUCGUUUGUCUCCUAUAUCUUAUUUAAUUUAUUUUAUUUUAUUUAUUUAAGGAUCACCAACGGAUAAUACAUCUACACAAUUACAUAGAAACAAGAUAUCAUAUAUAAAUACGCGUUAUGUCUGUGCCUACCAUUUAAAAUUAAAAAAAAAACACUGUCCUAAUCGUAGGGCACUGUUUCGUUUUUACAUAUUUAAAGUAGGUUAUCUAAUCGAAUUAAUGACUACCCAUGAAAUGUCGUCGCUUUCGAUUUCCACACCGUUAUCUGAAAUUGCUUCUAAAAUGUAUAAAAAAGCUUUAAAAGGGACUUGGUAAGUAUUAAAAAACCAGUCACACAAAAAUAUAGGUUCUAAUAUGCCUCUUCUGUUCUCUAAAGUUAAUAAAGUAUAAAUAAUAGUAAGGCAAGAAUGGUUUUAUUUGACAUAUUGGUUACAUUUUGUCCUAAAAAUAGGCCUGUGGGCUGGAGGGGGUUGUAACAAAGCUAUAAUUAUUUGUUGCCUUAAGCUAAUGUGUGUAGCUAUUGUAUAUAAUCAAAUGUCACAAUAUGUUAAUAAAUGCUUUAUAUUUUC